AUGGAGUUCUCCAUGGUUGAUCACCCACCCUGUGCCAGACAUUUGGGCGAUGAUGUGGCCAUCGCGGAGGGAGGCCAAGGCAGGACUAUGAUGUUUGUGCCUAAACCAGACACAAAAUGCCUUAUUUAUACUGUUUGGUGGCGAAAUAAUGGUGGGAAUUCCACCCAGUGGCAGAUGGAGAAGACAAUCUCGCUGGAUUCUGACUGCGUAAUCGAGGGUGCAGUUGGGAGGCACUUGCUCCUAUAUUAUGUCGGAGUCUCGUCGGCCAAGCAAGGUUGUUACACGCAGGACGUCGACACAUUGCAGCUUGAGAGGGUGUGUUAUUCAUGUCCAAAACAGUCACAAGUAUAUUGCAACUUCCCACCAUCGUUAUUAUCAUCACCGACAGUGUCAAGUGGUUUUCAUUUGUAG